CUUCAUCAGCAAUAAUUAAUUAUUGACAUCUGCAGCUGACAAUAAUUGACAAUGCGCCUUGAAUUCUUCUACUUGAAUUUAUUAUAUCUGAGUAAUAUAUUUUGGAUCACAUUUACAAUUGGACAGCCAGUUGAUGUGCAAGAUGCAUCAAAAGAAAUUUUCAAGAAGUUAUUAAGCUUGCGUACGCUACCCUUUGAAGACUGCGGAUCUCGUUACGAUGUACUGUAUGUUAGUGUUUCAAGCUGUACCAAAAUACCGUGUCAAAUGGUUCGUGGUUCAAAUGUGACGGUAAAAGUAAUUUUUGAUGAUAACGGUGAUAAUACUUCGUAUUUAAAACAUCGCGUACGCUGGAUCUUUAAUGCUGUCAAGACAAAUGCCGUGAUUACUCCAGAUCCUUGUGAUGAUAAAAAACGCUGUUUAAGUGAUGAAAGCGAUGGAAAAUCCUACGUUGCUGAGGUUUUGGUCGGCAACACUCUUCCUAAUAUACGCGGCACAAUGAUGUGGAUAGCAGAGAAUGCGAACAAUGAUGAAGUUAUUUGUUUCAAAAUCCCAAUUAUUGUAACCAUCAACAAAAAAUAAUAUAUCAUGUUAUAAAUUUGUAUGCGCAUAUGCACGCAUGAGAGAGAAAAA